UCUCUCUCUCUCUUUCUCUCUGCAGCUGAAAUACGUAUCCAUUUUAAUUGAAAGUGCUGAGAAAAGGAAAGGGCAAGGAAGAAGAGAAUCUCAUCGCGAUGAGAUUUUGUGCAUCCACACACGUGUAUAUCAUCCCGGUGCGACUCCCAGGCCGCGAGGACAAAGAAUAGAAAGAAACGGAAAGCGGAUACACCUAGGGGCCACAGCGCGCGACAAGCAGAAUUCCAGCUGGUGUAAGGUGUGUCAUAUUCCAGUUAAUGGUCUCUCUCUCGUAGAGCCUGUGGCCCCGUGCGUACCAGGUCCCCAGGUCUACAUCACACAUGUAAAACCACGUGUGUAUACAUACGCAAGACAUUCAUCGAGAACGACGAACGACCUCUGCUUGUAGUCUUGCCAACUAAGCGAACCGACCAGGCACAAAACCGGUGUCGAGAGCCCGAUACUAAGCCCUCCUUCUCGCUCUUCUCUUCUCUUCUCUCGCUCUUUCUUCGAGACCCUUCCCUCUCCUUCCCGCCUCUUUUCUUGUAUGUAUGCGUUAAACAUCGCCGACCCUCCUUCCAGCACCGUCCUUUUGCGUCCCUGCACAGUCCACGACCGAUUCUACACCUCGACCAGUCGACCUGACGAUCGAGAAAGCCGAGAACGUCGCCAGGACUCAAAAGGGACGACAUUCCUCUCCGUCCGGAUUUUUUUCGGGUCUACCGUCUCCGAAAUACCGAUCCCGCGCUCCUCCUCGAGGAAGAGGAACGGUCUCCCGUCUCUGUCCCACGGCGACAACCCGUUUCUCCAGCGGAGGAUUGGCGUGAGCACACGCGAAGGCCGUGUGCACGCGCGUGCGGCACGAGAAAGAGAGAGAGAGAUAUGCGGCGGGAGUCGACGCGGAUCACUCGAGAUGCACGCGCGCAUCCACGACCACGACGUGCAUCCACGCCCGUGAACGUGGCGUGCGUGCCGAUCCUUCCUUGAGCAGUGCCGAGCCUAAACACAGGGGACCAAACGUCAACCGAGACGCCACCGAAUUCCCGUAGUCGCGAGUGACGUUUCGUUCUUCUUCGUUCACGUGGGAAUAACUCUUGUACGGUCCACCGAAGAAAGGCGUCGAGCCUCUCUUCUAGUGUUACCAGAGGUUUGGAAUUCCUAUACUUUCAUCGACUGGUUCUCCGGAGUUGCUCUACGUGUCUCUUCGAGAGCUGUCGUUUAGGAAAAUUAGAUCUUGAAUGAAGGAAUUUUGUGAGCUUUCGAAGCUGAAGAGUGUUUUAUUUAUUUAUUUUUUUUUUUCAGUGAUGGAUUAGAACGACUCGAGUUCCUUGAUAAAGACGAGUCUUUUCGAGACCUGUCGUUUCUCUAAGAAAAAUUAGAUCGCAACUUGAAUGAAGGAAUUUUGUGAAUCGUGAGCUUUCGAAGCUGAAGAGUUUUAUUUAAUUUUUUUUUCUUACAGUGGUGGAUUAGAUCGACCCGAGUUCCUUGAUAAAGACGAGCGAGGUCGUCUCGGUGAUUUAAAUCCGCGAUCCGGUUCUGUGAUAGUUUCGUUUGGGGCGAUCGUAGACGCAGGUAGCCGGGAACCUGUUUGUGCGUGUCGACGGCCUUCAGCGAGUUUUUGGAAAUGCGCUUCCGGUCGUCGUCGUGGGGCGCGGUAUAUUUUUGUACGUGACGAACCGGGGGGUGGAAGGGGGAGAGAGAAGCGAGGAAGAGAAGAGGACGAAGAAGGAGAGACGACCGGGAGUUUCGCGGGAAACUGCCAUCGUCGUGAUAAUUAUAUGAUUCCGGAGCAGCGGUUCUUCAAGAUCAUACUUUCUACACGAAGAGCAUUAAAAAGCCGCAGUACUUAAACAUCUUUCGGAAAAGGAGAAAAAGCAACACGCCUUUCGAACAAUAGAUAACGCACUCGUGCAUUUUCUCGGUUAACCACGAAGACCAGACUUGAGGAAAGGAGGACGACACCUUCCGUCACGUGUAAACCAUCGGUCAACGGUCUCUCUUCGAGGAGAGCAAUCGUCAUUUACGCAAGAGAUCCAAUCGAUUGCGCGAUCUCCAAUACGCAUACAGGUUCGCAUGAAUGCGUUUGCGACACACGUCGAUCCUGCCUGAUUCACCCGAGAAGGCGAGUGCUCUGGGUCGGAGGAAGGGAUGCGGAAUCUCAGAUCGCGAAUCGGCGGAAGUGUGCGGCGAGGGAGCGGCCCGUGAGAGAGAGAGACCCCGUCCUCUCUUGGACGCGCGCGAGAGGAUAAGGGAAGAUACGUCACCCUCUCUACGGUCUUCGCAGGAUGGACAGGAGCGAUAACAAUGUCGUCGGCGGGAUCGGCGGCGGAAGUAGCAACGGAGGAGGUGGAGGAGGAGGAGGAAGUGGCGGAGGAGGCAGCUGUCACGUGGGAAACUCCGGAUCCCCGCCGAACUCCAUCUCGUCGACCCACGGCACCGUUCACAAUUCCACCGGCGGGUUCGACGGCCAGACUGGAGACAGAGGAUGGGAAAUUCAUCACGUUACCGUCACCAGAGUUCCCGGUUAUGGCUUUGGUAUAGCUGUGUCAGGAGGUCGCGACAAUCCUCAUUUUACUAAUGGUGAUCCAGCGAUCGCAAUCUCCGAUGUGCUCAAAGCCGGUCCAGCUGAAGGAAAAUUACAAGUUAACGACCGUAUCAUCUCCGCUAAUGGGGUAUCAUUGGAAGGCGCCGAUUAUGGGGCUGCCGUGCGGGUCCUGCGGGAUUCCGGUUCUACCGUUUUGUUGGUUGUUAAACGAAGAGCUUCUUCAAAUUCACCCGCUUGUUUAGGCAGCGUUGGACCUCAGAGUCAUCGACUUACGCUCACACGAAACAAUAAAAAGGAUGACUUUGGCAUCGUGCUGGGAUGUCGAUUGUACGUAAAGGAGGUUACGCGAGAAAAUAUCGGAGUGAAAACCGGGGACGUGUUAACCCGAAUAGGCAGCGUUGCCGCCGAUAAUAUGAGUCUGAAGGAAGCUAGAAAGCUGAUGGACCAGUGCAAAGACAGGCUUUCAAUUGUAAUUACGCGAGACAGCUCGUGUUGCCACGUACAGCAGCAAGGUAAAGGAGAUAGCGGUGAAUAUCUAUCGGGUGCGAGUUACAGUAGUCAGAACUUGUACGUUCCACCACCUACGAGGCAACCCUUGGAUGACAAGAGUAAUCUCGUGCCGAGGGGUCGUUCUCGGGGUCCGCUGAUGGACGUGUCUCUGAGUCAACUGGAUCUACCGGCUACACCCACCGUGGAUCCACCUAGACCACCUCCGCCCAGAGCGGAAGAUUAUUAUAGUACGCGCAGACAACUGUAUGAUGAAGAUUCGGUUUCACCACGAACGAAGCAGCCUAUGCCGGAUCCCCGGUUUAUUACUUUCCAAAAGGAAGGAUCUGUAGGGGUGAGAUUAAGUGGUGGCAAUGAAACUGGGGUCUUUGUAACUGCAGUUCAACCAGCAAGUCCUGCGUCUCUUCAGGGUCUUCAACCAGGAGAUAAAAUUUUAAAGAUAAAUGAUAUGGAUAUGAAAGGAGUGACGAGAGAGGAGGCUGUGCUGUUUCUUCUUAGCUUGCAAGAGCAGAUCGAUCUUAUCGUGCAACAUCGACGUCAAGAGUACGAUCAGAUCAUUUCAUCUGGCAGAGGUGACUCCUUCCAUAUAAAGACCCAUUUUCAUUAUGAACAGCCGCAAAAAGGUGAAAUGAGUUUCCGUAGCGGAGAUGUCUUCCACGUAGUGGAUACCCUUCAUAACGGUGUCGUAGGAUCCUGGCAGGUUUUUCGAAUUGGACGAAACAACCAGGAGGUACAGAAGGGUAUUAUACCCAACAAAGCUCGAGCUGAAGAGCUCGCAACCGCGCAAUUUAACGCGACGAAGAAGGAGAUGAGUGCCAACGAAAGCAGAGGUAGCUUCUUUAGAAGAAGAAGAAAUAGCCAUAGACGUUCGAAGUCCUUAGGAAGGGAUCAUUGGGACGAUGUAGUGUUCUCCGAUAGCGUCAGCAAGUUUCCAGCUUACGAGCGCGUAAUCUUACGACAUCCCGGAUUUAUCAGGCCCGUUGUUCUCUUUGGGCCUGUAGCUGAUCUCGCUAGGGAAAAACUUCUCAAGGAUUUCCCCGAUAAGUUCACCUCCCCACAAAUGGAAAGCCAGAUGGAAGAUGGUACAGGAAAGAAUAAAACGUCUGGCAUCAUUCGCCUAAGCGCUAUCAGAGAAGUAAUGGAGAGAAGCAAACAUGCAUUAUUGGACAUUACUCCAAAUGCCGUGGAUCGCUUAAAUUACGCCCAGUUUUAUCCGAUUGUUAUCUUCCUGAAAGCUGAGACGAAACAAGUUAUCAAAGAGAUGAGAGCUGGCAUACCAAAAUCGGCGCAUAAAAGCAGUAAGAAGCUUUUGGAACAAUGUCAGAAGCUCGAUAAAAUCUGGGGACACGUAUUUAGUGCGGUGAUUACACUCAAUGCGCCGGAAGCUUGGUAUCGGAAGCUCAGAGAGCUCAUCGAUCGCCAGCAGCAAGGCUUGCUAUGGAUGAGCCAAACCAAGCCGGAAGAAGCCCUCUCGGAUGACUUCCUAUUCCCGAUGACUUCUCGCCUCUCCUACGCUUCCUCCCCGGAGAGCGAUUUGGAAUUGAGUCCGGCACCUGCUAUUCCCGGCACUUUGGGUCCACCGUCGCGGUUAAAGAGCAGUUCUGACCCCAGUAUUGCUACUCAGGAUGACACCACUGCGCCGCCACCGUACUCAACAAAUUAUCAGCAAUCAUUUGAGCAGCAAAAGAGAAGAUCUCAAGGGAUAGGAGACAGCAAGUACGGUUUCUCCUUGUCCGGUCAAAUGAGUAAUCAAUCUGGCUCGCCGGAAUAUCUGGGUAGUUCCUUCGAACCUAGAUCUCAUCACAGCCCUCCGGAUCUACCGCCGCGAGUUGAUCGAAACGUAAAGCCGAUUAAUCAAACGCCACGGGGAACGAUAGGACGAUCUGCCCAGGAGCGUCUAGGAGUAAACAAAAUUGAUUCGGUCCUGGAUAUGGGAAAUUAUAUUAAUGCGACUCCUCAUAAAGCAAAUGCCACGUCAUCUCUUGAACGGGCGCAACCGAAGGCGGGAAGUUACGACAGCAUGUCCUCGUACGAUUCAUACAACAAUACCAAUGGAAAUGCGAAUUAUGGGGCGGUGAAUUUAAACACAUCGACAGGUCGUUUAGGCCCGAAUGUACCCGAUGAUCUCAAGAGUAGCAACAUGUCGGUGAGAGGGCACGAUCAAUAUAGAUUCACUAGAUCUCAGGUUCAACCCGUUUCUACGCACGACGCUCAAACGCGAACCGAUUAUGCUAAAUAUAGCCGAUCCACGGAUUACAAAUCGAUACCAAUGCCGCAAAAUAAACCGGGAGGCACCUACAAGCCAGUUCCGCCUCCGAAGCCAAAAAAUUAUAGACCACCUCAAGCAUCGCUUGGACAAACAACGGAGAACAAUGGAAAUGAUGGAAAUAAUUCGUAUCAGCACUCAAAGAGUUAUUCCAUUGCCACGUCGCAUGUACAUAAUGGGGUAGAAAGUAAUGUUCAACGUAACAGCGGCCAAUAUUACUACAACAUUCCGCCGCCCGGCCGUUACAAUGAAGGUAAUCUCGUGAAUUCGCACCACAAUCUAAGUCAUCUCGCGACACCGACGCACAGCCACAGCCUUAGCCACAGUCACGCGCACUCUCACUCCAGUCCACCUGUGACUACCGCGCAUUCUCACAGCAACAGUGCCGGUCAAAUCAGUCUCGGACUGACGCACAACCGGAACAGCACGAAUCACAAUGGAUACAUGCAUGGUAAUAAUCCCCAUGCUCCCGCGGGCUCGGCUUAUCCAUCUGCCAAUGCUGGUCACAACAGAGAACCCAGCGCUCUAGAUCUGGCUGGUAGCCGAGAGCAGAGAGGAAGCGCUUUCGAACUCUACCGAAAACCGGUUCAUCACUAUAACAUGAGUUUAAUGUGCUGAAGAGAUUGCAGUCUGCAAUUAUGCAAAAUGAAAAGUGACGUAAAAGGAGUGACGUAAAAAAUAUGAAGGAAUGAAAAAUAUAGAAGAGAUAAAAUUGAAAGAAACGACAAUUACAGGUUUGCUUUAAAGAAUUUAUAAUACUUUUGUUAUAUAAUACAUA